AUGACUGUCACGCGCACUCAAGCGGGCAAGACACCCAGGAAAACUGUGCGCCCCGAUUAUGUUGAGACACCUGGUGCAUAUCGCAAGCCACGAACACGGAGGUCUGUCGCGGUAACAGAUGAGUCGGAUCCCCAGGACUCUUCUACUGGUGUAGAGGAUACCAUCACUGGGGACACCGGAAGUAAGAGGAAGCGCAAAACAACUCGUGCCAGCAAUGGACCACCCCAGGAGCUGGCGAACGGACAUGCCAAUGGCCAUACCGAGACGCUGUCGAGCGGCUAUACAAGCAAACCUGCCGAGAAAAGAGCGGAAAUCGCAGACCCCACGAUCGAUACAACUGGCCACUUUGAAUUUGGAGGCCCAUGGGGAGUGACGGCGAUGAUGGUUGGAUUCCCUCUCCUAAUGUAUUAUAUGUGGAUUGGUGCGACCUACUAUGACGGUAAACUACCGAUGCCCAGGCAAGGUGAAAGUCUGGGACAAUUCUUCCGUGGACUGGUUCGAAUGGCAUACUAUGGUGCCUGGCCGUCUGCCAAAGCGUGGGCCAUGUACUGGACCUUUUUCGUCUUCGAAGCUGUUUGCUACUGCCUGAUGCCGGGUAUUUGGACAAAGGGUAAACCUUUACCUCAUGAGAAUGGUCGCCGACUGGACUAUUACUGCUCUGCGGUGUGGUCCUGGUGGACCACCAUCGUCCUGGCCCUCGCUCUACACUUCUCGGGUCUUUUCAAGCUCUACCAGAUUAUCGACGAGUUCGGGCCACUCAUGUCAGUCGCCAUCAUUUCAGGAUUUCUGGUGUCGAUUGUGGCAUAUUUCUCGGCCAUUUACCGUGGCAAGCAGCACCGCAUGACUGGCUACUUCGUCUAUGACUUCUUUAUGGGGGCCGAACUCAAUCCACGGAUGUUUGGAAUCCUAGACUUCAAGAUGUUUUUCGAGGUUCGACUACCAUGGUACAUACUCUUUCUCACGACGUUGGGAACAGCUGCCCGGCAAUAUGAGCGCUAUGGUUACAUCUCUGGAGAAGUAGGGUUUCUACUCAUGGCCCAUUUCCUCUACGCAAAUGCGUGCAGCAAAGGGGAAGAAUGCAUCGUACCCACUUGGGAUAUGUACUAUGAAAAAUGGGGGUUCAUGCUUAUCUUCUGGAACUUGGCUGGCGUCCCGCUCACCUACUGCCACUGCACCAUCUACCUUGCGAACCAUCAUCCAAGUACGUAUGCUUGGAACAAAUACGCUCUUGCCGCUCUUUACGUCGUGUACUUGUUUGUCUAUUGGGUCUGGGAUACCGCAAACAGCCAGAAGAAUUGUUACCGAGCACAAGAAAACGGAGGGGCCACUACGCGCAAGGCCUUCCCCCAGCUACCGUGGCGAUCUCUUGAAAAUCCGAGGAUUAUCAGGACGGAGGACGGCGGCACGAUUCUUGCAGACGGGUGGUUUCGCUACGCCCGGAAGAUUCACUACACGUGCGAUUUCUUCUUUGCAUUGUCAUGGGCGGCCGUGACAGGCUUCCGCUCACCUUUUCCAUGGUUUUACCCGGUCUUCUUCUGUUGUAUGAUCAUCCAUCGAGCUUGGCGGGAUAUUGAACGUUGCCGUAGGAGGUAUGGAAAAGCUUGGAUGGAGUAUGAGAGGCAGGUUCCUUACCUGUUCAUCCCGUAUGUAAUUUGA